AUGAAUAAACAGCGUCGUGUUGGUCGAACAUGUCCGAAGAGGAACUUUUUGGAAACCAGAGUUAUUUAUGAUAGCGGUUUAAAACUGGACAAAUAUUUCGAUGAGAACGUUCGCUUGAAUGUUAUGAAAAAUAGAAGCUGCUAUUUCAGUCCCGAUAUGAAGGAUUUUGGGCAACUCACUGAGUGUUUAGGAAAUGAUGGGCAAAAAUAUCAAACGCACGAAAACGAUUUCCACCGUGAGUCGAGAGAAAUUGCGGAUUUAUUCAAGAGCGUGAAAAACAUAUUGUCCAAUUGUUUGCCUAAAGAUACGCGCCAGUCAUCGUAUAUUGGUCCUAAUAAGCAAGGGGCAUGUGAGAAAAUUUUAGGCAUUUCGAAUCGUCUGGACAGUACCAACUACGAUGAACGCAACAAGUUAAAUAUCGCCAUUAAAGACGUCCGAAUCGCCGAAAAACCGAGAAUUAAAAUUAUAGCCGAAAAAUUCGCUCGAUACAAAAUCAACGGGGUCGAAGUGAGAAAAUUGGAGCAGCGCAUUGUAUGCGUCGAGUAUGACGUGUACAGCGCCGAAGUAGAAACUAAUCCAAAGCCCGUGCAAGUAUUAAGGGCAUACUUUUCGGUUGCACCAUUGUGUUUAACUGAUAAUGUUUCCAAAUCUCCGGGCAUCUCAUCCGAAUCAAAGCAAAAUCGAGCGAUCGACGAAGAUGACAAAAACGAAAAGGGCAUAGAGAUAAUAGACGCCAAAAUACCUCAAAACAAACCCUACCUCGAAGAGCUCAAGAGGUUCCUUAAAAGCAAAGAAUCAAAUAGAUUGAGGAAUUUGACUUCGCUGAAUCCGAUGUGUUUGUAUAAAAUGGCAAAGAAGAACUUUAUAAGCGAAGAGGUUUCCUACACGGGUCUACUUUCGAAGUCGGAGUUGGACGAAAUCAAAGAGAUGAUCCUGAAGAAAACCACUUCCAGCGUCCACGGCAUCAGCAGAAGGAAGCUAAGACCAGGAAGAGAUACUGGAAUAGACGUCGAAAGGAUGGGGGAUAGAGAGGACUCUAUCAUCGAUGAGAUACUCAAAUUUAUG